AUCUCCUGUCUUUGUGAUCUAGACUAAUGAUAUAGUGAGGGCUCAUCAUUUAAAGUUGCACCUUUAGCAUAAACAUUGGCUCUGAAAUUCAUUUUGCAACAUCCCUAUCUUAUCAUAAGACUUGCAUUAAAUGCUGUCACUGGCAUGUGAGUUGCCCCCAGCAGAUAGGUACUACUGCUGAGAGCUCUGCUCUAAACUCAGCACUUGCAGUGGUCAAUAAAAGUUAUAUAAACCAUAAUAAAUCCGUUCAAAACAACAGCUUCUAGGGUUUGCUCACUAAUACGUAUUAAAUACACAGAUGUUUCAAUCUCACUAAAAUGUUGUUGUUCAUUUCUGAUCAUAAAAGGGUCAAAGGCAUUGUUUAUAUAAACUUGCAACAAAUAGAAGUGCUUAGGUGACUCAAGUGGAAUUUGCCAUAUAUUAUGCAUGUUAUCAAUCCAUGACAGGUGUUAAUAACAUAAUUCUUCAAGAUGACUAUUCAAAUAUAUAUGGCCAUGGUAAUUUUACUGAGUUCAGUUCCUCUGCUGGCAGUGUCGCAUAUUCAUCAUCCUAAGCCAGGAAUGGGAGAACACGUGGACUACCUCAAUUUAGUUGAUGACAGCUAUAUCAGGCCGGACACCAUCGUCUUCAUUAUUGUGCUCUUCACAACUGGAGCUUUGUUGUUCCUAUUAGUUUACUUCAUCAUCACUCUAUCGGACUUGGAGUGUGAUUACUUGAAUGCCCAACAAUGUUGUUAUAGACUAAACUUGUGGGUGAUUCCGAAGCUGUGUGCUCACAUCAUAGCCUCUUUGGUGCUGCUCUUCUCAGGACACUACUGGCUGGCUGCCAUGAACAGCCCAAUUGCUCUUGUUUGGGCCAGAGAGUACUGGAAAAUUCCAUCAGGAAACUUUGGAGUGUAUGAUCCCACCGAGAUUCACAGGAUGGGUAAACUCAAGCGACACAUGAGAGACGUGUUCGUGGGGGUCAUGUACUACCUUGUAGCCUUCUUCAUCUACCUCUACUGCUUUCUUACGCAUUUGGUGAGCUACAACCCACUUCCAAAGCCCAGAUAUGAAGAAGAGGUUGGGCUUUAAUGCUCAAGUGUUUCAUCGCCCCAUAUGGAUUAUAUAUACAUUCAUAUGCCUCUACUUCUUACUCAGCAAAGCUGAUGUUUAAUUAGGGGCUUUUUGCUACUUGUUUUGUACCUGCAUGAAAUAUUCUUUACUGCAUUCCUUUCAUAAUUCUGAACGCAAAGGCUAUGAUUACUUACCUCUCUCCUCUUGAGUAAAGGCCUCCCUUCUUAAUUUCUUCUGACUCCUUCACAAUUAUAUUCGUAGCGUUGAAUGAGAUGACUUGUGUCAUAUACCUCCAUGAAUUUAUUUCCACCUCGUCUUCUCGUUAUUUUUGAAGCUUUGUCGAACGCGUCAUGAGUAUAUACCGUAUACAUCAAUCUAAAGCCUUCGUAAAAAUUCAGGCUAAUUUACAGCAUGCCACUCGUACAAGAAUUUUAAACCUAAAUUUGUUUUUAGGGGUUAACACCAUAGCUAUUGAUGUCAACACUUCAUUUUGUACGAGUUGUUUUGCUUUAAGUCUUAUUCAAGGUAACUAAGUGACAAGCUCAUCAAGAAAUGCGUUUCCUAAAAUUCUUAAGGCCUGCAAAUAUCAAAGAAGCAGUCGACCGUAGUUUGUUUUAAGGCAUUUUGUUUGAUCUCAGUAGAUAUCAUAAGAAGGAAGUUUGCUGUACUGACAUAGCAGAUUGUACCUUCAAUGGUUUUACUAUUAGUAAGCAUUGUAGUUCUUAGUAACGUAUUCUAAUGUUGAAUCAAAAUGUUCUGUAAUUUAUAAACCAGCUAAUUGAUAAGUUAUUUAAGAUCCCAGUUGUUUCACUGCUGUAGACAUAGGCUUGAUUGUUAAAGCCAGAUGCUCUGAUUAUUUGACUUGCUUAUUUCGUGAUUGAACUCAAGUCUCCAUCUCGGUGCUCAUAGGAUUGGGUGAAGAUUUUGCGUUUUUGGUCUCUAUAUUUCAAUCGAACGAAGUAAUUGAAGACAAUUUCCUUUCGUAAUAAGUAAUACUAUAUGUUCGUACUUAAUAACGUAACGCUUCAAAUAGGACUAUUGUGUUGCAAAUUAUAUAAACGAAUUUCUCUUCUACAAAUAUUGAUCAUUGUUGAAUAGUUUUAUCGUUCUUGCGAUCGACUUGUUGAUAACUCAGUCUCUUAUUCAGGAUGAAAUUUAUAACUGAAUUAUUGUAUCUAAUUUUCGUUUAUUCAUAUCACGAUCUCAUUUGUAAUCGUAUAUAGGCUUAAACAUAUUAAUGUAUGCGUUGGGCGGUAUGUGAAAUGGCAUAUUAAAAUAAAAUUAUUUUUGUGAUGAAAGUAGGAAUUGCUCCAAAAUUUAUCAAAUUCAGAACAAAUAGCAAUAUUAAUGGCCGAAAUUACGUCAGAUCUAAUUAUGCUCGGCAUUACUUCUAUGUUGGUUCAACUGCAGUGGCCUCCUGCUCUAGGGCUCUUCAUUACCUUCCAGAAAUAGAUUCUCUUCAACUCCGCCUGGAGCUAAGAAAUAAAACCAACAACUUUCCUGAGUGUUUCUGUUAGACUGAAUAAUCCAUGACUGUGCAGUUGUUGUUUGCCUCGUGUUGUGUUUUGUGUGGCUAAAGUGCGAUGACGUUAUAAAUAAGGCCCUCCCACACGCCGACCGCCUCGUUACUAUUCUACUAAAAGGUCUACCAAGAAUUUGUCAUUCAGAAAGGAAUAGUUCAGCUGAGGAUAUAUUCUUAUAUCUAUCAAGGAUUACGUUUUAAAUGACAUUGUUAUAUUGGGACAUGCUGCUUGCUAUUUAGAGAUGAAAUUCUUUUAACAUGUUUAUCAAGAGUUUUUUUAUGUAUGCGAGUAAUGUUGACAAGCAUUGAGCAAUAACCGCAUUGAAGUCAGCGCUCCUCUUAUCCAAUUAUGUAGAACUGUUGGGAGCCAUGGCGGCCAUGUUUCAUUGUUACUGUUAUUCAAAAAGAUUAGCAAGGAUUGUUUAUUCACGCCUGCAAGCUUUAGUGUUUUCGAGUAUUUCCCGGGACUAGGUGGCACAGUCCAAUUUUCUUUCUUUACAGUUUACAUGUGAGUUUUAUAGACGGAUAUAGGCUUGUGCUGUGAUUAUACGAGUCUUUACGUAGAGCAUGAUAGUAAGUUCAGUGUACCGUAGUAGUAUGGCAAUUUCAAUGUAGUUUUGUUUAAAUUAAUCUUGAUGUAUUAACGAUACACGCAGUUCUCUCGCUCGUUAUUGCCACGAAUGCAGUGUUCUAUAAUUGUAUGGACUAGUAAAGAUAAAAUGUAAACUGUUAUGAAGCGAAAUUCAUCGUGUAAUAUUCUGAACCGUUCAUGUUAUAGCUGUGUAAUGGUUGUGGAAAUAAGAAGCAUCAUUCGUUCUAGAUCUACGAAAUCUACAGCAUGGAAUUAUUUUGGUUCUUUCGGUACAAAAGAAUAAACACUACCAUUACCAUGCAAUAGCCGCUGAAUGCAAUUUUAAAAUAAAUGUAAUUUUGAAGCCCUUUGAAAACAUAAACAGAAGAAGUCUAGAAGUCUUCAGCGGACGCAGUGUUUUUUGCGUAGAUUUGCAGCUUCAAACCAUGAACUUGACAUUUUAGCCUGGGGUGAACCUGGCAGCUUGAACAGAGGUAAGUUGUCUUCAAGUGGCUAGUCAUGCUUGUCUUUCUAAUUCAACAUAAACCUAAA